UGCAUUCUUUACAAUUACAAUAGAGAAGACUUAGGAUUCGUAGAGUUGGUGUAAUGUGUGGCAAAUCCAUAACUUGCCGUUCUUGUAAUUAUCGUUAUUAUAAAUUCAACACUAUUCAUUCACAAUCUGAGAUUCACUCCACAACCCGAAAGAAAGGAACAAAAACAAAAAUAAAACCGAAUCUUUGUUUGUUCCUCGACCAUCAUCAUGGGUACAGAAACAACAUCAAUGGACAUAACAGAACCAUUAAUUAACCAAGAUCCACAACAGAACAACAAGAACGAGUAUUUGUCCGAACCAGUUCCAGAAUGGAAGGAACAGAUCACAAUAAGAGGGUUAGUUGUGAGUGGUGUAUUAGGGUGUUUGUUUUGCAUCAUUACUCACAAACUGAAUCUUACGGUUGGGAUUAUUCCUUCCCUUAAUGUUGCUGCUGGUUUGCUCGGUUUCUUCUUUGUUAAGACAUGGACUGGUUUGUUGACGAAGAUUGGGAUUUUCACUAAGCCUUUUACUAGACAGGAGAAUACUGUUAUUCAGACUUGUGUUGUUGCUUGUUAUGGUCUUGCUUUUAGUGGGGGCUUUGGUUCAUCCUUGAUUGCAAUGGAUCAAAGAACAUAUGAACUCAUUGGCCCGGAUUAUCCCGGUAAUAGAGCUGAAGAUGUUAAAAAUCCAGGCUUGGGAUGGAUGAUAGGUUUCAUGUUUGUUGUCAGUUUCCUUGGGCUUUUCAGUCUUGUGCCACUUCGUAAGGUUAUGGUGUUGGAUUAUAAGCUUACAUAUCCCAGUGGGACAGCCACAGCAAUGCUAAUUAACAGUUUCCAUACCAAAACUGGAGCAGAACUUGCAGGGAACCAAGUUCGGCAACUUGGAAAAUAUUUAAGCAUAAGUUUCUGCUGGAGUUGCUUUAAAUGGUUCUUCAGUGGUAUUGGGGAUUCAUGUGGAUUUGACAAUUUUCCUAGCUUUGGUUUGACACUAUUUAAGAACACAUUCUAUUUUGACUUCAGUCCAACCUAUGUUGGAUGUGGUCUUAUCUGUCCUCAUAUAGUGAAUUGCUCAGUUCUCUUUGGAGCUAUUGUCUCAUGGGGUUUUCUGUGGCCUUUCGUCUCCAAGCAUGCCGGGGACUGGUAUCCAGCUGACCUUGGUAGCAAUGAUUUCAAAGGUCUUUAUGGAUACAAGGUAUUUAUAUCUAUUGCCCUUAUUUUAGGGGAUGGUAUUUACAAUCUCGUUAAAAUUAUAACGAUAACCAUUAGGGAGAUGUGGAGGACAAGAUCCAAACAGAGCACCCUUCCUGUUGUGACUGAGGUUCUUGUUGGUGAAAAUUCUGAACUGCAAUUAGAAGAAAAGAAGAGGACUGAAAUAUUUCUAAAGGAUGGAAUACCAACCUGGUUUGCAGCCUCUGGUUAUGUCGGCUUAGCAGCGAUAUCAACUGCAACAAUACCAAUUAUUUUCCCUCCUCUCAAAUGGUACUUGGUUCUGUGCUCUUACAUCCUCGCCCCUGCCCUAGCCUUUUGCAACUCUUAUGGAACAGGGCUCACAGAUUGGAGUCUCGCAUCGACAUACGGUAAGAUCGGUCUUUUCAUCAUUGCGGCAGCAGUUGGCCAAAACGGUGGAGUAAUUGCAGGCGUGGCAUCUUGUGCUGUGAUGAUGUCCAUCGUCGCAACCGCUGCCGAUCUCAUGCAAGAUUUCAAGACAGGUUACCUCACCCUUUCAUCGGCGAAGUCCAUGUUCGUCAGCCAGUUGAUAGGAACAGCUAUGGGAUGUAUAAUCGCUCCCCUCACAUUCUGGAUGUUCUGGACUGCCUUCGAUAUAGGUUCCCCCGAUGGCCCUUACAAAGCACCAUACGCUGUUAUAUUCAGGGAAAUGGCCAUUCUCGGCGUUGAGGGAUUCUCAGAGCUUCCAAAGUAUUGCAUGGAAAUGUGUGGUGGUUUCUUCGCGGCAGCCUUGGCUAUCAAUCUUGUAAGGGAUGUGACUCCGAAGAAAUACUCGCAAUAUAUUCCUAUUCCAAUGGCAAUGGCAGUUCCUUUCUACAUUGGCGCUUAUUUUGCAGUUGAUAUGUUUAUUGGAACUGUGAUAUUGUUUGUUUGGGAGCAGUUGAAUAGAAAAGACGCAGAAGACUAUGCUGGUGCUGUUGCUUCUGGUUUGAUAUGUGGUGAUGGGAUAUGGACCAUUCCUUCAGCAAUUCUCUCGAUUUUGAGGAUUAAUCCGCCGAUCUGCAUGUACUUUGGUCCUUCUGCAAGCAGCUGAGUAACCGGCCAACUUUCUCCACUUCCACGUUUCUAAAAACACCAUACACGGUUUCUCGAAAGUGUAUUUCUGGACGGCAUAAUUCGUUCAAAAGUGUACUUUCAGACGGCGUAAAAUUUGGGAGUAGAUUAUGGGGGUGGGAAAAGUUUCACAAAUUUGAGGUUGUCUUUGAAACCUUAAUGUUUGUGUUGUUGACCUUGUGUCUGUAAAUAUAUCUGAAUUAAGAUCAAAGGGAAUAUCAAUAUUUGGUUUCCUCUAUGUAUCUCUUUGCAUGUGUCAUAAGUAAAUAUUAAGGGAAAUUAAUGUGUCCCUCAAAAUGUCUUUGGAAAAUAGAAAGGCAAACUGAACGGAAGGGGUGCCUUCAUUCAGAUUUGAUACAAUGCAUAUAACUUUGAUGAUUUAAAUGAAAGACCAAAUUUAAUUUGAAUCUUA